AUGGACAUCACAUCAUUCUCCAAACGUUCAGUGAAAAAUGUUAUUAAAGUCUGCUAUGGACAACAGGGGAAAGAGUUUUGUAUACAACAACCCCCAAUCAAUGUGGCCAAGUGUGGUAUAUAUUUUUCAUUGAUUUAUUUCGCACUUAAUUUCCUUCAUGGAUGUAUACCUCUACAAACUGUUCGCGUGAUUCCUAGCGAAUUCACUCCAGAUCAGAUUUAUUUUCCUGUUAUAGGUGUUUGUGUGGCUGCUGUUGCCACUACAGUCAUAUUUGGUAUUCAGAUUCAGUCAGAGUCUCUGGUCUUUAUAUCAUCUGUUGGCAUCAAUGUGAAAAUGAAGAACUGGUUUGGACAAGUUACAGCUGAGUUUUUUGAAAUCGGUGAAAUCAAGGAUAUUGUAAUUCUUGAAGCUAUCACCAUGCAAAGAGUGGUAUGUUACCUCGCCGUUCUCUUGGAGGGCAGUGAAAGUAGCAAGGAACAGCUGUACCCACUGUUUAUGAAGUCAAGUCCGGAUCUAGAAAGCCUUAAGGUCAUAUACAAAGAUGUUCAUCAACUUUUAAAGGAAAGCACUGGUAGCUGACAAACUUGUGUUAGUGUUUUAGAGAACAUAUCCUCAUAAAAGGAACAAGUUAUGUGAUAGAGACAGUUUGAUGUCUUUCUUUACAGGACAUUCAACAGUAACAUUUGUGUGAUAGCAUAAUUGACCAAUAGGUCAUUGAUCAUGUUAUUUAUACAGUAGCAAGCUUGUGAAAUUGUGCUUUCAAGUUCACAGAAAGAGACUUAACUGACAAUUUCUCCUUUGAAAACUGUAGGACAGACAAGAGAUUCAGGUCCAUUUGGUCGGUAAUUGUAAUAAUAUGUACACAAAGAUAGGCAUUCAUUGUACUUAUCAAAUUUUUAUGCUAGAGCAUGAACCAGACAAGAAGGAAUUUUCAUAUCUGAUACACUAACCUGUGAUGGUGUGUAAUGCCAAAAGUUAUUAGCCCUGGGACAUGGUUGAUGGAUGUAGUUGCAUCAUGUCUUAUUUUAAUGUGGUAGAGAAUCUUUAGAGAUAAGUAGUUGGAAUUUCCAGUCAUUACAGGCAAGUAUACUAUUUAUAGAGCUGAGAUGAAUGUUCCCUGAUGGUUCAAGGCAUUUAUCACACUGUCCCUUUUAUAGAGCUGAGGUGAGAUUUCUACAUUGAAAUGAAAGAAAAAAUCCCUUACCCAUACCAAGUGGUAAUAAAACUCUUGUCAAUUUAUGAUAAUAUCACUUCUCUCUCUGAAACUGUUUAAUGUUAGAUGGGCUCUAUCCAAGUCACUUUAGAAUAGCUCCCUAUGAAACUAAUUUCGAGGGGAAGUCACUGUGAGAUUGAAACUUCAAGACACGCUCUUUAUAUAGCUGUCAGAAUGUGUAACCCUAGAGGUGUAACUCAAAAUGACUGCUGUUGGAGGUUGUAUUAUUUGAGAGAAGAUUUUCUCAUACUAUUACUCUAUAAUAAUUAUCUCUAAGCCAUUGUAUCUCUAGAGAAGCAAGAUCUAAGAUUGUGUUACCCUUGGGGAGCUCACUAGCGAUUGUUUUGAGAUUAACUCUAGAGGAGAUCUUUGGGAGACUUAUUCGAGAUGAGCUUUUAUUCAGACUGUAACUUUAGAUGAGCUCUUUUUCAGACUGUAACUCUAGAUGAGCUCUUAUUCAGACUGAAACUCUAGAUGAGCUAUCAUUGAGACUGUAAAUCUAGAUGAGCUCUUAUUACAAACUGUAACUUUAGAUGAGCUCUUGUUCAGACUGUAACUCUACAUGAGCUCUUAUUAAAACUUUAACUUUAGAUAAGCUCUUGUUCAGACUGUAACUCUAGAUGAGCUAUCAUUGAGACUGUAACUCUAGAUGAGCUCUUUUUUCAGACUGUAACUCUAGAUGAGCUCUUAUUCAGACUGUAACUCUACAUGAGCUCUUAUUAAAACUGAAACUCUAGAUGAGCUAUCAUUGAGACUGUAAAACUAGAUGAGAUCUUAUUCAGACUGUAACUUUAGAUGAGCUCUUAUUCAGACUGUAAAGCUAGAUGAGCUCUUGUUCAGACUGUAACUCUACAUGAGCUCUUGUUCAGACUGUAACUCUACAUGAGCUCUUGUUCAGACUGUAACUUUAGAUGAGCUCUUGCUCAGACUGUAACUCUAGAUGAACUCUCUGUAUGUCUUUAACUCUAAAUGAACUCUUAUUGAGUUUGUAACUCUGGAGGAGCUCUAGAUGAGCUUUGUCUACAACAGUGAUGGUCUCUUUCUUGUACUGUAAGGCUAGAGGAACAACUGUUUCCAAGACUAUACAGUUAAGGCUAGAAUCUCUCUCUAUGACUAUGUCUAAAAGAAAAUUUCUUUCUGUAAUUAUGUAACAUUGGAGAAAAUCUCUAUACAAGCGUACAUUCAUUCUUAGAUGAGUAAAUUUAAGGAGCUGAAUGAUUUUUGAGACUCUAUACAAGAGCUCCCUCUCCCUCUCUCCCUCCCUCUCCCUCUCUCUAUCUCUCCCUCCUUCCCUCUCUCUCCCUCUCUCUCUCUCCCUCUCUCUCUAUCUCUCUCUCCUUCCCUCUCUCUCCCUCCUACCCUCUCUCUCUCCCUCCUACCCCCUCGCUCUCUCACUUAGAUUGAGUUACCUUUAGGGAGCUUUUCUUGAAUUUUGCAAGGUUUUUGUUGGAGUCUACUUUCCAUUAAGAACUCAACAAAUUUCCAUUACUAACAUGCCCUACAAACAUAGACUGGUGCUGUUUCUAACUUUUUACACUUUAUACACUUUAUAUGCACUUGUUGUGAGAAUUAAAA